AUGGCGGGGGACCUUGGUGCGGACUAUUUCGAGGCCACGCAGAGGAAGUGGGGUAAAGACGAACUUCAGAAGGGUGGGCCGUGUCGCUUCCAUGAGCACGGUGGGCGACCGGUCCCACAGGGCGACCCGACUUGCGACGAUGAGGUGAUUGAGCCGGCGUGUUUUAGCGACGAAGUCGAACCGCCGACAUCGGACGAGCCUGUGGUCUUAUCAAUGCGUGAGAGAAAAAGGAUGAAACGAACGAGGGCGCGGGCGCGUGAGGAGGCGGAGGCCUGUAAGCCAGAGCCCGGCUCUGCCGAGGACAUUGUUCGCGACAAUGAGGUCACCGAUCGCUGGUUGAGGGUCAGCAACCCGGCCUCCGACUAA